GCAAUUGGUGUGGCGGCGACGCACAGCUGUGAGCUUCAGUUUCCGUUUUCCGAUUCGACCUGUGAUUUUAGCCCCCAAAAAAGGGAAAAACAGUAGAAGGAUGCUUAUAAAGCCGCUCCUCGUCAAGUGACAAUUAUAUAAUCCCCACGGUAAAGUCAACGGUUUCAAAGUCCUUCGUCAAAACGCAUACGCCCAGUGUACUCGAAGUCGAAAGUGUCAUAAAGUAUGCGAUUAUCCUGUAAACAAAGUGUAAAACGCGCCCAAUAAACGCCGAAAAAGAAAGGCAAACAACAAACAACUCCCGGAUUUUACGACUUGAGCAAUCAAUUCCGCUGGUCACCCGGGGAUUUGAGGACUCUCUCCAGGACUUGGAUUUCCCCCCGGAACAGAACUAUAGAAUCGGAUCUGGGCACGUCGUAUAAUGAUUGCGCAAGUGAGAUGACGCCACUGCCGGUGAGAAGGAUACGUUAGGGCGGCGUCGAACUAUGGGAACAGAGGCAUGGGCGUGUGCGCGGACCUUGGGUCUCAUCGAUGGUGUCGGGCAUUGAGCACCACCCAGCACAACAGCACCCAGCAAUCGAAGGAGCAGGAUCAGCAGCUGGAUCAGCAGUCCCUGGAGAUCCCUUCCAGGAGUCCAACGACGAUUCCCGCUACUAAAACGCUGACGGCAUCGCCGGCGAAGACGGCAGCUUUCACAGUGAAAACGACGAGGAGAAGACGAAGCCGGCGAAGGGCAGAAGGCAGCUCCAUCUGGAUUCCCCUCUGGAAAGGUCAAGGGUCAACGCCUACGAUACAGGUGCUCCAGCUGGUAUUGGUCUCGUUGCUGGCCCUUCUAGCGAAAAAUGCCCAGGCGCACAACAUUCCAGAAGACGCCGUGCACAUCACGGCCAUCCUCGGCGAGGGCGUCAUCUUCAACUGCCAUGUGGAGUUCCCCAACGACCACCCCGUGCCAUAUGUCCUGCAGUGGGACAAGAAGGUGAGCGAAACGGGCUCCGAUCUGCCCAUCUACAUCUGGUAUGAGAGCUAUCCGGAGCACAUCGAGGAGGGCUACAAGGGACGCGUGUCCCGCGUGUCGCAGGACUCGCCCUUCGGCUCCGCCUCGCUCAACCUGACCAACAUCCGCGAAUCGGACCAGGGAUGGUACGAGUGCAAGGUCGUCUUCCUCAACCGGGACCCCAAGCAGCAUAAGAACGGUACAUGGUUCCACUUAGACGUACAUGCACCGCCGCGCUUUAGUGUUACGCCAGAGGAUAUUAUAUACGUUAAUUUAGGUGAUUCAAUUAUACUCAAUUGCCAGGCAGAUGGCACGCCCACGCCGGAAAUACUCUGGUACAAGGAUGCCAAUCCCGUCGAUCCCUCGCCCACGGUGGGCAUCUUCAACGACGGCACCGAGCUGCGGAUCUCCACCAUUCGGCACGAGGACAUCGGAGAGUACACUUGCAUUGCACGCAAUGGUGAGGGACAAGUCUCCCAUACGGCCCGUGUUAUAAUCGCGGGCGGCGCUGUAAUCAUGGAUAAGGCGGCGCCCGACAAACACACCCGCACCAAGUCCAAGUCGAAUGCCGUCAAUGAGAGGCUGACCAUACGUGUGCCCCCGACCAACCAAACGAAGAACGAGGGCGAAAAAGUGAUAUUCUCCUGCGAGGCUAAGGCCAUGCCCGGGAAUGUCACGGUGCGCUGGUACCGCGAGGGAUCCCCCGUGCGGGAGGUGGCCUCCCUGGAGACCCGGGUCACCAUCCGCAAGGACGGCUCGCUCAUCAUCAACCCCAUCAAGCCGGACGACUCGGGCCAGUACCUCUGCGAGGUGACCAACGGCAUCGGCGAUCCGCAGAGCGCCUCCGCCUACCUCAGCGUCGAAUAUCCCGCCAAGGUCACCUUCACGCCCACGGUGCAGUACCUGCCGUUCCGGCUGGCCGGCGUGGUCCAGUGCUACAUCAAGUCGAGCCCCCAGCUGCAGUACGUCACCUGGACGAAGGACAAGCGCCUGCUGGAGCCCUACCAGAUGAAGGACAUCGUGGUGAUGGCCAAUGGAUCGCUGCUGUUCACGCGGGUGAAUGAGGAGCACCAGGGCCAGUACUCCUGCACGCCGUACAAUGCGUUGGGAACGGCUGGUGCCUCCGGGAUCAUGGACGUGCUGGUCAGGAAGCCACCCGCCUUCACGGUGGAGCCGGAGACGCUCUACCAGCGGAAGGUGGGCGACAGCGUGGAGAUGCACUGCGACGCCCUGGAGGCGGAGGGCACCGAGAGACCCACCAUCAAGUGGCAGCGCCAGGAGGGCGAGCAGCUGGCGGAGUCGCAGCGCAACCGCAUCAAGAUCUCGGGGGGCAACAUCACCAUAGAGAACCUGCGGCGGGAGGACUUCGGCUACUACCAGUGUGUGGUGUCCAACGAGGUGGCCACCCUGAUGGCCGUGACCCAGUUGGUGAUCGAGGGCACCCAGCCCCAUGCCCCCUACAACAUCACCGGCAAGGCCACCGAGUCCUCGAUAACGCUGCAAUGGCUGCCGGGAUAUAGCGGGGGAUCGGAGUACAAGCAGGACUACACCAUCUGGUUCCGGGAGGCGGGGGUCAACGACUGGCAGACCAUCUCCGUAACGCCCUCGGGCAGCACACAGGUGACCAUCAACGGUCUGGCCUCCGGAACCACCUACGAGUUCCAGGUGGUGGGCAGGAAUGUCCUCGGCGACGGGAUGAUGAGCAAAGUGAUGACCGUGCGCACCCUGGAAGACGCUCCGGCAGCGCCACGUAAUGUCAAGGCUGCAACACAACCGCCCGACUCAUUCUUUCAGCUAAUGCCAGACGAAGCUGGUCCCAAGCCAGGACCCCCGAGGAACGUUUCCGUGACGGAGGUGUCGAACGGGUUCCUCAUCACGUGGCAGUCGCCGCUGGAGCGGGCCCACAUCGUCAAGUUCUACACCAUCAAGUACCGGACGGACGCCCAGUGGAAGACCCUCAACCGGGGACAAAUCCGGCCGGAGGAGACCCAGUAUCUGGUGAAGAACCUGGUGGGCGGCAGGACCUACUACUUCCGGGUGCUGGCCAACUCGGAGAAGUCCUACGAGUCCAGCGACGAGGUGAAGUUCCCUGUGCCGGCACGUGUCAAGCACAAGGCGAUUACCGCCGGCGUCGUUGGGGGCAUCCUGUUUUUUAUUGUUGCGAUCAUUUUAUCGGUUUGUGCCGUAAAAAUUUGCAAUAAACGUAAACGACGAAAACAGGAAAAAGAGUUCAACAUGGUAGCUUGCAGGAUAACGGACGCUCGUAACAUUGCCGCCAAUAAUCAUCAUUUGCACAAUCGCAGUACGGGCUCAAUUUCCUCUGGUCAAGUGCCUUUAAAAAAGUACAAACAAACCCGAAUAUCAAGUCUAACCGCCAUUCUCAUUGCCAUCCUCCACUGGAUCUGGCCACCUGAUCGCUGCACCAACUGCCACUCCAUCUACAGUUCUCCGAACCUCGAGGAUGGCGAUGAGGAGGGCGGAGGAGGAAGGAGGCGUUCCGUAAGCCGCAUCCAACGAAGCCUCGACGGACGCUUUGUGCUGGAUGUGGAGGGGGUCUCGAAACUGGGAUACUCGCAACAGACCCUGGAAUCGGCAAAUGUGGAUGUGGUGGACGGUGGCGGUGGGCUCUUCGAGCGGCGCAACAGCAACGUCUCCCAGAAAUCCUCCAGCGAUGAUGGGGGAUUCCUGUCGCGGCGGAACUUCAUCACGGCUCGGGCUUCCUGGCGACGUCCCCUGGUGGCCUCCUCCAGUCAGCUGAGUCUCCAGUCGGCGGCGGAUUCGGCCCGGGGCUUCCUCCAGGGCCUGCUGAAGAUCGGGGGCAAGCAGGCUUCGGUUCCUAAUCCGCAGUCCUACUUCGAUGAGGCGGUGAGUGGAGCCCGCUAUCAGAAUGUCCUGCGUCCCUACACGAGCAGCAAUAAUUUGUAUGGAAAUGCGGAUAGAAGUAGGCCUCUGCACAUUAACACGAUCAGUGGCAGUCUCAGCCAGCAGCAGCAGCAGCAGCUCUAUACCCCCUCGAGGAUCUCCAGGAUAUUCUCCAGUUCGCCCCAGCAAUUGCAGCCCCAUCAUCAGCAACUCUUGCUCACCAGCGGUGGUAGUGGAGCCUAUCCCACGCAUUUCAGCGACCUGAGCACCGUGUAUCCCCCGAAUUCCGCUGAGCGAUCUUCCCAUAACCUAAGCAGUAGAUAUAGGUACUACUCCCAGGAGCUGCCCUCGUUGAGAACCAUUCAGGAGGAGACCCGCCGGCAGCAGCAGCAGAAACAACAUCCCCUGGAGGAUCACUUUGUGCCGCUCCAGCUGCCAUCGCCUCCCUCGUGGAGGAGUUACUACCAAUCGCAAGCCAGCUAUCGCCCAAGGACCCGCUGGUAUCCACGUCAUCACUCCAGGCUCUUCAGCAGCCGCCAGCAGCAGCACGAAAUGCUUUCACCUCUGCCCCAACUGAAUCUCAACCUGCGCAACUCCAUGAAUCCCGGGGGCUUGGAGGCCUCCCCAGAAUCCCGCUCCAGUUCGAGUGGGUUUGGUUCGAAGAACACCUCAAACCACCCGGGGAGCACCAGUGAAUGGAGGUUACUACCGCCCUAUAGAGCACCUCCGUCGCCACCCAAGCAUUCGGGUUACUUUGGAGGUCAGCAGGCCCAGGGACAGACGCCGCACGGUUCCUACUCGUAUCCCCGGGCCACCACGCCGCCCUAUACGAUGGCCCACUGGCUGGAGAUGAUCUCAAGACUGAACGCGGCCACGGAUAGUAACCUCCCGAAGGCCCCCUGUCCCGUGGACGUGGGCAGUGUGGAUGGGCACUACGAGUUCGAUCCGGCCACGCCCACACCCAGUGCAUCCAGCAUGCUGCGCGAAGAUCUCAACCUGCACAUAGAUACGCAUCCCUAUCACCACCACACACUGGGUCCCCUGAGCGGGAGUCUGCUGCACAGCCAUGCCCCCUACAGUGGGGGACUGGGCGGAGGACUGGGAGGCAGCAGGAAGCCACGAUCUCUACCGAUUCACCUGCCCCGCUACGACAACGUGGAGGUCAGACUGCAGGCCAUGAGGGAGGAGUUCUAUGCCUACCGCAAACGCCAAGCGAUGCAGCAAAUGGAGAGCGUUUGCUGAGCCAAUGAAGCAUUUAAUUGAGCCCCAGCCACACCCACUUGCCAGCCCAAAACCACUCCCACAAAGAGCCAGAUUCACGGAUGAUAGAUAGACCGACAAAGUUGGACAGCAAUCAGACGCGAUAUGAUAUUGGAUCAGGCCCCCGCAAUUCAGAGAUGAACUUUAAAAGUUUGGCCCCCUGCAAACUCACACCCAGAAAAGCAAAAGCAAAGCAAAAACAAAACACUUAGAAGCCAGAAACAAUUAGUAGAUUUAAAAAGAGAUGAAAGCUGUGUACAUAUAUUCGGGGGAGGGCCCCCAGAAGUUUAAGUAUAAUAUUUAACAACUAUAGCAAUUAUAGCAACAUAUUAUUACAGAAAUCGAUAAACGUAAAAUUGACAUUUAACGCAAGUAAAUGAAGCAAACACAAAUUACAAUUACAAUUAACUAUUAUUUACGAGUGUAUUAGAUAUUGAUACUUAACGUAACACAGAUCGAGAUAUGUUAAACAUUGAGCAUUAAACAUUAAUUAACAAUCCACAAGCGUAAGCCUAAAUUAUGUUACCUUACAACUAAACUAAAUUAAUACGGAAUAUGCUAGCUGUUAAGCAUUUAGUUGUUAACAACUAGAGAGCAGAAGUGAAGAACGAAGAGGCGACGACUCAGAAUAAAAGCGCUAAAAGUAAUUAAAACCACAUAUAGAGAAAUUGUUUCAUAAUUAAAUUAUUUAACGACAAGAAACCUACAAAGCAAAAAACAAAAAAAGAAAUCGAAGUAAAAACCAAAACAGUUUAACGAAAAUUAAAUGAAAUAUAACUGCUGCAUAUAUGUUUACUGUUGACCUACACACGAUAAUUAACUCGAACAAAUAUUUAUUAACCCAAAAGAAAAAGCAAAACACAAAGAAUCAAUCGAAGAAAGGAAAGGAAACCCAAAGAGACUAUUCUUUCCGGUUAAGAUCAGAGCCCAGUGAGAAAGCUAGAAGAAGGACCCCAUAUGAUAGUUUCCCGGGUUCCCCAGGGCGAUGGUAUUUGGUCUUAGGUUAUAGGUCAGUUGUGUAAAGACAGCUCCCCGGAUGCAGCUUAGUUUAACGAGACGAGGC